AUGGUGCAGAUAGACGUUGAAAUCGGGCAAACAAUAAUCCGAGCGGCGGAGUUGAACGAGGAAGAAGAAAUCAGCUACGACGAUCUGGAGCGGCGGAUGUGGAAUGACCGGGCUCUGAUGAAGAAGUUCAAAGCCCGGCCCGGUUCACAGCCCCGGGUCGAGCAAUCUCGCCAGAAGAAAAUAUCCCGAGCCCAAGAUUCGAUUCUCAGAUACAUGGUCAAAAUCAUGGAUGUCUGCAAGGGCCAGGGCUUCGUCUACGGCAUCCUGCCGGGGGAAGGCACCCCGUUGACCGGUUCGUCGGAGAGCCUCCGCACCUGGUGGAAGGAUACGGUUGUUUUCGACAAGAACGCUCCCGCCGCCAUCGCCGAGUUACUUCUUCCCGAGAUCGCCGCAGCCGGAGUUUUGGACCCGGUGUCCUGUAUGCAUCUGCUGCAGGAACUGCAGGACACCACCCUGGGAUCGAUCCUCUCCGCCUUGCUUCCGCACUGUCUGCCACCGCAGCGGACUUUUCCGUUGGAUAGAGGGCUGGCGCCGCCGUGGUGGCCGACGGGCGACGAGCUGUGGUGGGGCAUACAGGGGGUGGCUGGGGAGCAGGGCCCGCCGCCGUACAGGAAGCCGCACGAUCUGAAGAAGGCUUGGAAGGUGAGUGUAUUGGCGGCGAUAGUACAACACAUGUCGCCGGAUUUGGAUCGGAUGAGGGGUUUCGUGACCAAGUCGAAGAUUCUGCAGCAUAACAUGACGGCGAAAGAUACCGCCACCUGGUCGAAAGUUGUUAAUCAAGAAGAAGCACUUUCUACUAUGAUGAAGAAAUCGCUCAAAAUAUCCGAAGACGAAGACGAAGAGGAACAAAACACGGAAGAACAAGAAAGGUUAUUAGUCGAUAACGCGAACGACCGGUUUGAAAUCGAGUCGGAUUUCUACAAUAACAACGACAAGAGAAAAUGCGUGUUCGAUACGGCUCCGUACGCGAGCGAUGAAAAUACAAAAUGUCGAAAAAGUGGUGGAAAUUAUAACAACUAUGAGGAUGAAGAAAUGGAUUUAGGGGAAUGGGUAAAAAUGGCAUUUGAAAGAAGUAAUAGCAUGUCAAUUAGGUCUGGGAAUUAUUGGGGAGAAAAUCUGAUUGAGGAAUUGCAGUUUGAUAACCCUAAUAUUCCUCCUCCUGCUGAUGUGGACAUGUUCUUACCUGAUCAAGAAACUUGUUCAAGUACUUCUGUUUGGGAUUUACCAUAUGAUCACCACAACCAAUUACUGUGA